AUGAACGAAAAGAAACCUUUCCGUGUCAUUAUCGUCGGCGGCGGCGUCGGAGGCCUAACUGCUUCGCAUUGCUUGCAAAAAGCUGGAAUUGAUCAUGUCUUGCUUGAGAGACGCUCGACUGCCGCACCUCCCGAGGGUGCCAGUAUUUCCCUAUACCCUAAUGGCCUUCGCAUAGUGAAUCAGCUCGGACUUCGGAAAGCGAUGGAUGCCAUUAGUACCCCUGCCAAGUAUCUUUGGUGGAGACGACCAGAUGGAUCGUUCUUUCGGCAGGGCAGGUACUAUGAUUAUAUAGUAGAGAAUCAUGGUCGAAGUAGCGACUUAUUUGAAAGGCGAGAAUUCCUUCAGGUUCUGUAUGAUACCCUGCCGAAUAAAACGCCGAUACGCACGGAUGCCGGCGUAGUUGGUGUAAAGGAACUCCCCGACGGAGUGCAGGUCACGUUGAACGACGGUAGCGUCGAAAAUGGAGAUAUCAUCAUUGGCUGCGAUGGCGUGCACAGCUUCGUACGAAAUGCCAUGUGGGAGAACGCUAAUAAAGUGGCACCGGGACUAAUCACCGAGAAGGAGAAGACAUCCAUGGUAACGAGCUGGAAGGGCCUGAUUGGUAUUGCUCCAGCCGAAGCUAAGCUAGGCCAGAGGGACGCGACAAUAGUGUUUGGACAGGGUCACUCGUUCCUCCUACUCUCGGAUCCGGAACGAAUAUUUUUUUUCGUGUUUAUCGCGUUGGAAAAGCCCUUUCACUGGCCGGAGAGAGUGCGAUACACGGAUGAUGACGUCGAGGCCGUCGCGGCGGGUUUGGCCGACAGUCCCAUCACAGACUCCUUGACUUUCGGCGAUCUUUGGAAGAAGAGAUAUCGCGGCACACUUGUGCCUCUCGAGGAGGGUGUGCUAGAACACUGGUAUCAUGGAAGGACCGCUUUAGCAGGGGAUUCGGUUCAUAAGGUCACACCAAAUCUUGGCUUGGGCGGGAACUUGACGAUGGAGUCUGUGGUGGUUCUAUGUAACUGCAUACAGGAGAUGCUGGUAGCCCAGAAUGGUGGAAAGCCCAGUCAAGAUGCUAUAACAAACGCGUUCGCGAAGUACCAAGCACUGCAGAUACGUCGUGCGAAUCAAGUCUGUGAGAUCUCGGCUGCGAAUACGAGAGGCCAAUCUUGGCACACAACGUUCUAUAAACUCAUGGUCAUGUGGCUUGAACCGCUAUUCUCGGAUCGGUUCGGGGCCGAUAUGCUCGGUGAGAUGUGGCGGAGAGCUCCGAAACUAAAUUACGUUGACCUGGAAGAUGCGAAGGACAUUCGUCUAUCUUGGAAAGAGAUCAACUUGGCGAAAAAGCAGACCUGGUUUCAGAAGAAAGUGAGGUCUAGACUUUUGCGCAGUACUAUCAAGAUAACGUUGAGCGCAGCUGCAGUGGCUACAGUCGCUAUUUCACUGUGUUCAUGGAGGAUCAUUGACUAAUGGGAGUUCGCAACCCUUCUUAUAUAUGAUUACGUUACUCGUCAAUAAUCAUGACAAUAUGAUGUAAUACAGUUCAAUUUGAAGCCGAUCCUUUCGUUGAGUCGAAUCCCAUGAGCCUCGCAGUAUGUUGGUAGCCCUAUGAGGCGAGUGAGGAGAAUGACAACACGCAGAUACCGCACAAUAAUAGCAGCUUAAACCGUGAAUCGGCGUCAAGUCGCGUGUUUCAUCCCGCAGUAUCCAUUCCGACGGUUCAAGCCGUACAU